GGGAGCCGUCGCCCUGCUGAUACCAGGACUGUCUGGGAUGCAGUUUGUUUUCUAGUGGGAUCAUAUUUGUAUAUUUCCAGGGAAAACAAACAAUACAUUGCGGAUUUGGCGUAUCCAUCAAUCGGAUGCAAGCAGAGCCAGGCCCAACUUAACAAUGGGCCCCAUACCCCUGUGUGUGCUGCUGCCGGUGACGGUGCUGGCUGUGGUGGCUGUAGCUGCUGAGGAGAAUGCAAUCGAUGACGAGUACACCUGGCCACAGUGGAAGGUGCCUCUGGUAAGGAAGAGACGUACCGUACCGCUAAGCAGCCCAAGCUUUUCGGCCCACCCUCCCCCAGAGCUGAGUGGGACCUGUGGGAUCGAGUGUCAGCGUCGCCUCCCUGCUGCCUCUCUGGACGACCUGGAGCAGUUCCUGUCCUAUGAGACGGUUUAUGACAACGGAACACGCACAUAUACCUCAGUUUAUGUGCAGGGCCUUAAUGAGGUGACCGCCUGGUCCAGGAACACCUCGUCUAGGUCCCGCCACAAACGAGAGGUGUACGGCACAGACACACGCUUCACCAUCUCUGAUAAGCAGUUCUCCACCAAAUACCCCUUCUCUACUUCUGUGAAGAUCUCCACAGGAUGCUCCGGGGUUCUCGUGUCACCUAAACAUGUACUGACCGCUGCCCACUGCAUUCAUGAUGGGAAGGAUUAUCUAGAUGGGGUGCAGAAGUUGCGUGUUGGCAUUCUGAAGGAGAAGUCUAGGCGAGGUAAAGGAGGCAAAGGGAGAGGAGGACGAGGAAAGGGCAAAAGAAGAAAGGGAGACAAAGAAAAUGAGGAAGUGCAGGAAAAGGAAGAGAAUGGUGGGAAAGGCGAGCGCAAAGGGAAAGGGAAAGGUAGAAAGAGCCGGAGUCGGCGAAGUGCAGAAUCAGGGAAACCUUCGUUUAGGUGGACCGGGGUCAAGAAGACCCAGGUGCCAAAAGGCUGGUUCAAAGGUGUGUCUGACGGAUUGGCUGCAGAUUAUGACUAUGCUGUUUUGGAGCUGAAGAGAGCUCCAAAAGUCAAGCACAUGGAUCUGGGUGUCAUCCCCUCGGUCAAGAAGCUCCCUGCCGGGAGGAUCCACUUCUCUGGCUUUGACGAUGACCGUCCUGGCAACCUGGUGUACCGGUUCUGCUCCGUGUCUGAGGAGUCCAGUGAUUUGUUGUACCAAUACUGUGAUGCCAAACCCGGCUCCAGCGGCUCUGGGAUCUACAUUCGCCUCAAAGAGUCUGGCAAGAAGAAGUGGAAGAGGAAGAUCAUUGGAGUUUUCUCUGGUCACCAGUGGGUGGAUGUUAAUGGGAAUGGGAUGCAGCAGGAUUACAACGUGGCGGUGCGGAUAACACCUCUCAAAUAUGCUCAGAUCUGCUACUGGGUCCAUGGGGACUCGAGUGAGUGCCAAGUAGCCUAAGACACAGGAUGCCCUCUUAAACACCAACCCUCAGACCCAACACCAUACAAAGGACACCCUACCUGCUCUCAACCCCACCACCCACUCUCACCACCAACCAGGGGCCCAAUGACUGCCUCUCCUCCUGCCUCCCUGUUACCUCCUGUGCCUACCAGUGACUCCUGCUACACUGACCUCCACACACACAGCCAUACAGACUCAGUGUUGACUACAACAGGAACUCGUCAGCGCAUCUAGAGAACUGUGGCCUUUCAGCUUUUCUAAUUUAUUUGCUAUAAAAACAACUGAGAAAAAAAAUAUGUAUUGUUUUUACAGAUCACUCAGAUCUGCAGUUUUGCUUUCUAUUUUGACUCUUUCUUUUAAAAGAUUUGACCUUUAUGGAUUCAAUGUUGGAAAGCGUGUAUGAUAUGCCCCCUGGUACAUUCGUCUUAAAUAUUCUAACUAGAUUUUGUAAGGAGAAAAUUUUUAAGAGUUCUCCACCACUGUAAAGACGAGCAUGUGCAUUGGCUUUGACAAAAGACCCAGAAGAAAUUAAUGUAACUUUUGUUUUAUAAAUGAACUAUAUAGAGACUUUUUAUAAACAUUUUAAUUGAAUGAGCUGGUGUUUUGCAUUGUGUAUAUCUAGAACUUUGUUUUUUACAACUACCUUUUUAAAAAAACGACUGUUUUUCUGUCUAACUAGAGUAAGGGUCCUUAUGGAUCCUGGAUAGGAUUCUUUCUUUGAUUUGUGAGUCACGCUAUCUUUUCUCUGUUUUUGCAACACAGUGAAAUGUGGUUUCAUUGUUGUGCACAUAAUUAUAUCGGUGCUUAUCCAGAAGACGUGGUGCUAAUUUAUGGAAUUGUAAACUUUUAUCCGGGGGGGAGGAAAGACUUCUCAGAAUAUAUUUUGAUAGCCUAGUACUGUAACUAUGUAUUUGAUGUGAGGCUACAUAUUUGAGUUGUGUUAAGAUGGGACUGAACCAUUUAAUGAUUUACUUGAGCUGUUGAGAUUUCUCUAAUUCUAAGGGUUAAUGAGAUUGCAAAGGCAAUAUUGUUAAUAAUAGCAAAUUUAAAUCUGGUAUGUGAUAUUUUUUACUUUUUAUGUUUAUGUUCCAAAAAUUUCUGUUUUGAAUACCAAAUACCUGAAAUUAAUGAUGCAGAUUGAAGACUACCAACCAUUAAACCAAGAUUGCUA